CUUGUGUGGUAAAAUAGAUCUAUUAUAAUUGUAUGGGGGUGCGGAUAACUUGUGUGGUAAAAUAGAUCUAUUAUAAAUCCAAUGGAUCUAUUUUUAUUUGUGCGUGGAUAUUUCUUAACUUUUCCCUCCCCGUCGCUGCCUCUCUCCGGUGAAACCCCAGCUGGCUGUCGUCGCCUUUCUCACCCUCUUUCUUCUUUUCGGCGACCAACAACAACCGUCGCCAACCACCAAAUCCACUGGAUUUCCUUUUAUUUUUACCCCCUAAUAAUUUCUAAGAAUACGUUCCUUUGUAGAUCUGCACUUAUUUUUUUAAUUGAUUUUUUUAUUAGAGUUAAUUUAAAGAGAUUAAUUUUUUUUAAUUGCUAGUACCACGGGACUCGAGGGGUGCCUUACACCUUUCCUUCGGUCAACAAAAUUCUUUACCCGAUUUUUCAUUUUCGAGACCAUAAUAAAGAGUCAUUUCCUUUUGAUUAGGGAUUCAAAAAGGUGACUUGUAAUACCAUUCUUUUGAAAAGAUUAGUUGGCAAUUUGUUUAGUAGAAAUACUGCGGUAUUGGCAGCUUCAGCCCAAAAUUUCUUUGACAGCUCUUUCUCAUUGAGAAAACACCUUGUCAUCUCCAUUAGCGUCCUAUUUUCCUUUCCACUACUUUGUUUUGUUGAGGAGUAUAGGGUGUCGUCAGCCGAUGCUUGAUUCUUGCUUCAUUACAAAAGUUGUUGAACUUUUCUAAAGUAUAUUUGGUUCCAUUAUCUGUUCUUAUCACCUAAAUUCUGCAACCACUCUGAUUUUCCACAAAAGCCUUAAAUUUUCAGAAUACAUCAGUGACCUCAGAUUUAAAAUUCAAAAAAUAAAUCCAACAAUAUCUGGAACAAUCAUCAAUAAAGGCAAAGUAGUACUUACUACCAUUUAAAGAUGGUGUUUUUUGAGGUUCACCUACAUCUAUAUGAAUAAGUUGCAGCUUAUUGUUUACCCUCAAUGAUGAAUUCUGAAAAGGAAGCCUUGUUUGCUUCCCAUACUGGUAAGCUUCACAAGCAGACAAAUUUUUCUCAAGGCUUGAGAGACCUUCUGUGAGUUGUUUUUCUUUCAUAAAGAGUAUGACAUCAUGAUGAUAAUGUCCGAGUCUUUUAUGUCAUAACUCUGAAUCAUUUUCCAAUCGGACAACUGUUACUUGCUCCUCGUCCAAUAGAUUCAAGGAAAAACUUCUUCCUCUCAUCUUGACCUUGAACAUCUCCUUAUUAUCAGAAUCCUUGAUGACAAAUGAUUUUUCUUAAAAAAACACUUUAAAACCAUUUUCAAGUAGCUGUCCAACACUUCAGAGGUUUUGAUCAAGAUUAGGAACAAAGAAAACAUUGGUUAAAAGUUUCAAACCUGUAGGACUUUGAAUUGCAACUGUACCUUUGCCUUUUGCAUCAAGAUAUUCUCCAUUUCCAAAUUUGACUUUGGAAAUAACAGAUCUAUCUAGAUCUUUAAAGAUCUCUUGAUCACUGGUCAUAUGAUUUGUACAUCCACAAUCAAUCAACCAAUUUUCAGAAGUGCUUUUGCUAGCACAACAAGUUGCUACAAAUAAUUACUCUUCUUCUAAUUGAUUUUCAGUAGCCUUGGCUUUUUCUUGUUGUGUUUGUGACUUGCAUACACUCUCCACAUGGUCCAGUUGACCACAUUUGUUGCACUUGACAUCUGGUCUACACCAACAUUUCUGUUGAGAGUGAUUUGUCUUUUUGCAAUGAGGGCAGGGUUGAUUACUUCCCGCCUGAUUGUUGUAAUUAUUGCCUUGCCUUUGUUUUUGGUUCUUUUUCUUUCCUCGUAUAAAUCGUUCUGUGAUUUAUCUUGAAAAGCACCUCCAACAUAACCUUCUUUCCUUAUUAUUCUCUUUUUCUCCAAUGCCUGCAAAGCUUUAACAAGUUCCGCCAAGGUCAUGCUUGACAGUUCCUUAGAAUUCUCUAAAGAAAAGAUUGUGGCUUCAUAUUUCUUGAAGUGUGACAGGAAUUUUUUGAACGAUUCUUUCAUCUGUAAAAUCCUUACCAAACAAUCUCACCUUGUUGUCUAAGUCGAGUAGCUGAUUAGCAUAAUCUUUUAUAGUUUCUGAUUCUUUCAUUCUCUUUCUUUCAAAUUCCCAAAUCAGAUUCACCACUUGCAUAUUCUGCACUCUUUUAUUUCCUUGAUAUUCCUUUUGGAGAUACUCCUAAAUUUCUACAACGGACUUCCUUUGCAUAAUUCUGGUAAGAAUUGAAGGAGAUACUACAAAGAAAGGCAUGCUUUGGCUUUGGCUUUCCUUGUCUUUCUCUCCUUGUGAUGUUUCAUCUGAUUCGCUGUUGGAUUAGCUCUAAGAGGAGCUACUUCAUAGUCCUCGUCUACUGCUUCCCAUAGAUCCAGUUCUUCAAGAUGAACCGUCAUUCUAAUUGCCUAAGCUUGACAAUUCUCACCAUUGAAGACAGGUGGAGUUAGAAAGCUUAUUCACAAUUCAUUUUCUACAAAACUAUUUAAGAUAACAGUUUAAAGAACGGUUAUAUAGAAAGAACUUGUGUUCUUAUUCACUUUCUUCUCACAGGUCCCUCAAGAUGGCAAUGAUCUUGAUACCAAUCUGUUGGAAAGAAAGAAACAUAACUUAAUCUGUAUAAAAAAAUAGAACUUGAACUAAAAAGAGAAAGAGCAGAAAGCUUUGUUAUGUUUUCAUUACUUAUUGAAAUGAUCACUGCCACAUUUAUACAUAAAAUCAUAACUGAAAAAGCUUAAUUAAAUGAGUAAAAUAAGCUAUCAUAUCUCUAACAUUAUUUACUAAAGAUCAACAACUGUUAUAAAAUCAGAUUCUGAAUGAUUGCAACCUUAUUUACCCAAACUUAAUCCAACUCUAAAGCUGUAUAUUGAAUUACAACAGCUAGUACAACUAAUCUCCAGCUUUUGAGGCACUAAUCUUAACAAAGAAUGGGUCACCUUCAUUCUCGAGUUUUAUUUUGCAUAUUCAAUAAUUUCGGUCUUUCUUAUUCUUUGAAAGAUAAAUUUACUUAUUGUAAUUCUUGUUGCUACAAUAAAGCCCAUAGAUUUUCAUUUUAUUCAAACAAAUUGUCCAGUAAAUCUCCGUUAGAAACACUUUACAAUGAUCUGUGGGGGCCAUCUCCCGUGCUCUCAAUUUAUAAAAAACGUUAUUAUUGUAUUUUUGUCCCUUGUAAGUGGUUGUUUCGAAUUAAAACUAAAUUUGAUGGCUCCAUUGAUAGGUACAAAGCACGUUUAGUUGCAAAAGGGUUCACACUAAGGCCCAGAGUUGAUUUUCACAAGACAUUCAGUCCGGUGGUUAAACCAACUACAAUUCGAACAACACUCACAACUGUACAGAUGAAUUGGCCGCCACAUCAAAUAGAUGUCAAUAAUGAUUUUCUUCAGGGAAAGAUUCAAGAAGAUGUGUAUGUCUCAACCUCCUAGUUAUGAAGACACAAAUGAUCCCAACUAUGUCUGCCAUCUCAAAAAGGAAAUUUAUAGACUCCGGCAAGCUCCUAAGGUCUGGUAUAAUGCAUUGACUAGUUCUAUGAUUCAAAUGGGGUUCAAGAUGUCUGAGUGUGAUAAUUCUCUCUUUGUUCUGCAUAAUAUGGGGGUCACUAUUUAUAUUCUGAUCUAUGUGGAUGACCUCAUAAUCACAGGCAGUGAUGAAACACUCAUUCAACAUGUUGUUACCUCUCUUUCAAAUUUUUUUCCUCUAAAGUAACUUGGUUUAUUACACUAUUUCUUGGGUGUUGAAGUACACAGGAAUGCUGAUGGAUUGUUUCUCAGUCAAUCCAAGUAUCUACAGGAGAUUCUACAUGACACUCAAAUGCAAGACUACAAAGGUAUUCAGUCACCUAUGAGCAUGCCCGAGACCUUACUAGUUGAUGAUGGUGCACCUAAAAAUGAUGGAAAAGAAUACAAAAGUGUGCUUGACCGAUCCUGUUAAGCAAUUAAUGCAUGAUCAUCCAUAUAAAAAUUCACUGCAGAGAUAUCAUUGUGUCCUCCAUAGUUUGGGUGUUAGACUUUGUCCCUAGUUUUGAUUGUUGGAAUGACGGGAAAGGAAGCUGCCUCAGCUAGUGGAGCUGAUGGCUCUCAGGAGCCAUGCCAACUUGCAAAUAGUGGGAGAAUGUACUGUCAGUCAGCAUCUUGGUUGUCUUCGAGGACUCCACUGCCUCCGCUUAAGCCAGAUAUCGAAAAAGAUGGGUUGGAUCCAAAUGGAGGUAACAGUUCUCAUGGUCGGAGGCCUUUAGCCCCUAGGUCGACACAGAGUUUUAAGGCUAGGCUGCAUCUUCCACCUUUGCAGCCAUUGACAAUUGCUCGUAGAAGUCUAGAUGAGUGCCUGAGAUCAGGAUCUGAUGAUAUUGGAGAAUGGCCAAUUCUUUCUACCCCCAGUGGGAGGGAUAUGAAUGGCAACAGUGAAGGGCUUAAGCUGGAUCUGUUGAACAUACAUAAAAAUCCAGAGAUUAAUGGCGGGCUUGUGAGAAGAGAAAAGAUUGCUUUCUUCGACAAAAAGUGUUCAAAGGUGGCUGAACAUGUCUUUCUUGGUGGGGAUGCAGUUGCAAAAGAUAGGGAUAUACUAAAGCAAAAUGGGAUUACUCAUGUUCUUAACUGUGUGGGGUUUGUUUGCCCCGAGUAUUUCAAGUCUGAUUUCGUAUACCAGACUUUAUGGUUACGGGAUAGCCCGUCAGAAGAUAUUACUAGCAUUCUCUAUGAUGUUUUUGACUAUUUUGAAGAUGUCAGAGAGCAACAUGGAAGGGUUUUUGUACAUUGCUACCAAGGGGUCUCUCGGUCAACCUCGUUGGUUAUCGGUUAUCUUAUGUGGAGAGAAGGACAAAGUUUUGACGAUGCAUUUGAGUAUGUAAAGGCAGCAAGAUCUAUCGCGGAUCCAAAUAUUGGUUUUACUUGUCAGUUGUUACAAUGCCAAAAAAGGGUUCAUGCUUCCCCAUUGAGCCCAAGUUCAUUAUUAAGGAUGUAUAGAGUCGCACCUCAUUCACCAUACGAUCCUUUGCAUCUCACUCUGAAAAUGUUAAAUGAUCCUUCUCCGUCAGCAUUAGAUUCGAGAGGUGCAUUUAUUAUACAUUUACCCUCAUCAAUAUAUGUUUGGAUUGGUAAAAAAAGUGACGCAAUCAUGGAAAGAGAUGCCAGAGGGGCUGUUUGCCAGAUUGUUCGUUAUGAGAAAGUGCAGGGACCGAUCAUAACAGUUAUGGAAGGCGAGGAACCUUUGUACUUCUGGGACGCGUUCUCCAAUUUCCUGCCAUUGAUGGAUAAACUAAAGAAUGGAGAGAAAGCUGUUGAGUCGUCAAGUAAUGUCUGUCCAGGGGAAAGAAAGGUGGAUAUGUACAAUAUAGACUUUGAAAUUUUCCAAAUAGCUACUUCGGGCGGCUUUAUGCCUCCAUUUGCAUCAUGUGAGACUGAGCAUGAAACCCACCUUCCAGUCAGAGAAAGUUCGUGGAGCAUGCUAAGGCGAAAGUUUGUUUCGGGGAAUAUGAAGGAUUUUGUCUUUUCAACAAAGUCAGGCAAUCCAUCUGAUAAAGAAGCUGCUGUUUUUGGUGGCUUUCGUGAGUCAUGGGAGAAAAAACAAUGCAAUGAACGGAGCUCGGCUGUGUUAAACAGUGUUGUUGAUACUGGUGGAACAUCUUGUAACCUAGUGAAACCUGUUGUCUAUCAUUGGCCCAGCUUGGAGAAACUUGAUACUUGUAGCAUCGAUGAUUUGGAUUCCAAAGGUGUAUAUAUUUUCAUUACUCCAACUUCAGGUUUUGGAAAAGAUGCAGGUAGAGCUGUGUAUGUUUGGGUAGGAAGGUCUUUUAGUUGUGAUAUUAGCAAGAUUCGGCAAGUAGACUGCAAAGGACUUGGUGAUCCAGGGGAGAUUGACUGGAAGCAGGUAGCUUCAGAUGUUCUUCGUCAAAUGGUUCUGCCAACUGAGACUAACAUUAAGGUUGUGAAAGAAAAUGAAGAACCAGCUGAGUUCCUAGCAUUAUUGAGUUCCCGGUUAAGCUAACAUGAUCGAGGAUGCAUCAGGAAUCCCAGUGGAUUACCUUCUCUUUUCGUACAUUUUCAGCUUCUAAAAGUUUCCUGGGUUUUGAGUGAAGUCCACCAGACUAUAGUGUGGAGGAGGCUGCUGUUACAAGUUGUCAGAGGUGGUUCACCUGAAUGUGCAUGUUACAGUGCUGCAACACACAAUGGCCUGUUUAGGCAACAAAAUAGUUCUUUAAGUUAUAGUUACUUACUUCCCUUUCCUUCUGUACAAUUGGCUCUGUGCUAAUGAUUUUCAAAACUGCUGUUGGUUCCAAGCCAUCUAGUAUUUUACAAUUAUGGUUACUUAUUCCAAACUUUUCGACAUGGCUUCUUUUUCACUACUGUAUUUCCUUUUCAUAUUGCAUUUGAUAUGCUACACUUGAGCAACA